AAAAGCCAACUCCCUCAAGCGAAGAGCUCUCAACUUAAAAAACCAUAACUCGAUCUCUGAGACAUCAGCACCUCGAAGCUCACCCGCGAUUCUCGUAGUUCGCCGUCGAAGCUUCUGGAUAUAGCCUGUGAGGAGGGGGCGACGCGGAGAGGAAGGCGACGGAGUUGAAGCGCCAUGGCUGGCUCGUGGAGAGCUCGUGGCUCGUUGAUUGUCCUGUCCAUUCUGUUUUUCGGUUGUUUGUUUGCGAUUUCCAUCGCUAAGGAGGAGGCCACUAAGUUGGGGACAGUAAUCGGUAUCGACCUUGGUACAACUUAUUCGUGUGUGGGUGUUUACAAGAACGGUCAUGUAGAAAUUAUAGCGAAUGACCAAGGAAACAGAAUUACCCCAUCGUGGGUUGCUUUCACUGAUAGUGAGAGACUGAUCGGUGAGGCUGCCAAGAACCAGGCAGCUGUCAACCCGGAGAGGACCAUUUUUGACGUUAAGAGACUCAUUGGAAGGAAGUUUGAGGACAAGGAGGUCCAGAAGGACAUGAAGCUUGUCCCCUACAAGAUUGUGAACAAGGAUGGUAAGCCUUACAUUCAAGUGAAGAUCAAGGACGGCGAGACCAAGGUCUUCAGCCCCGAGGAAAUAAGCGCCAUGAUUUUGACCAAGAUGAAGGAAACAGCAGAAGCAUUCCUUGGGAAGAAAAUCAAGGAUGCUGUUGUCACCGUUCCUGCCUACUUCAAUGAUGCCCAGAGGCAAGCCACCAAGGAUGCCGGUGUCAUUGCUGGAUUGAAUGUUGCUAGGAUUAUUAAUGAGCCAACUGCUGCUGCCAUCGCCUAUGGUCUGGAUAAGAGAGGUGGUGAGAAGAACAUCCUUGUCUUUGACUUGGGUGGUGGUACAUUCGAUGUCAGUGUCUUGACCAUUGACAACGGCGUCUUUGAGGUUCUUGCCACUAAUGGUGACACCCACUUGGGAGGUGAGGACUUUGAUCAGAGGAUUAUGGAGUACUUCAUUAAGCUGAUCAAGAAGAAGCACAACAAGGACAUCAGCAAGGACAACAGGGCUCUUGGUAAGCUGAGGAGGGAAUGUGAGCGUGCCAAGAGGGCCCUUAGUAGCCAGCACCAGGUCCGUGUGGAAAUUGAGUCACUCUUCGAUGGCACCGACUUCUCUGAGCCGCUCACCAGGGCUAGGUUCGAGGAGUUGAACAAUGACCUGUUCAGGAAGACCAUGGGACCCGUCAAGAAGGCCAUGGAAGAUGCUGGCUUGGAGAAGAACCAGAUCGAUGAGAUUGUACUUGUUGGUGGAAGCACUAGGAUCCCCAAGGUCCAACAGCUUCUGAAGGACUACUUUGAUGGCAAGGAGCCAAACAAGGGAGUCAACCCUGAUGAGGCCGUUGCUUAUGGUGCUGCUGUACAAGGAAGUAUCUUGAGUGGCGAGGGUGGCGAAGAAACCAAAGACAUUCUUCUGUUGGAUGUGGCUCCUCUAACCCUUGGUAUUGAGACUGUUGGUGGAGUGAUGACCAAGUUGAUUCCUAGGAACACUGUCAUCCCGACCAAGAAAUCCCAAGUUUUCACCACCUACCAGGACCAGCAGACCACCGUCUCAAUUCAGGUCUUUGAAGGUGAAAGGAGUCUGACAAAGGACUGUAGGAUGCUCGGGAAGUUCGACUUGAGUGGAAUUCCUCCCGCUCCGAGGGGAACCCCUCAGAUUGAGGUCACCUUUGAGGUCGAUGCCAAUGGUAUCCUCAACGUGAAGGCCGAGGACAAGGGCACCGGCAAGUCAGAGAAGAUCACAAUCACCAACGACAAGGGCCGCCUGAGUCAGGAGGAGAUAGAUCGUAUGGUCCGGGAGGCAGAGGAAUUCGCAGAGGAGGACAAGAAGGUGAAAGAGAGGAUUGACGCGAGGAACAGCCUCGAGACCUACAUCUACAACAUGAAGAACCAGGUCAACGAUAAGGACAAGCUCGCUGACAAGCUCGAGGCCGACGAGAAGGACAAGAUCGAGACCGCCACCAAGGAGGCCCUCGAGUGGCUCGACGACAACCAGAGCGCCGAGAAGGAAGACUAUGAGGAGAAGCUCAAGGAGGUGGAGGCUGUGUGCAACCCAAUCAUCACGGCAGUGUACCAGAGGUCUGGUGGCGCCCCCGGCGGUGAAUCAACCGAAGAGGAUGAGCACGAUGAGCUGUAAGCAGCGGACUGAGUGACGUGUUUUUUGAAUGAAAUCUCUCUCGGCCUGUGAAUUGAAGCAGGGCACGGAGAGAGGAAACUAGGGGGGACUACUCCUAUUAGGCUACUUUACUGUUAGGCGAGGAUGAUAUUGUUCCGAUGUAAUUUUUCUGAUGGCCUUUCUUUUUGUUGGGAGGAGAACAUACUUUGAAACACAACGUUCUUUUGCUCACUUGGGUUAGCGUACUUCCCUUCUUUUUUU